AUGUAAAUUUUUAAGAAUUCUAAAUUUUUCUUUGGAACACUCAAAGCUCACACUUUACCAGCCCUUAAGUAUGGAUACAGUGAUCUUGAACCAGUUUUGAGUGCAACACUUCUUGAAUUCCAUCAUUCCAAACAUCAUUAAGCUUAUAUCAAUAAUCUUAAUGCUGCAUAGGAGUAAUUGGAGGAUGCCUUAACAAAGAAUGAUGUCUAGAAGAUUGCCACUCUACAAGGCACCAUCAAAUUCAAUUUGGGAGGCCAUUUGAACCAUAGUGUUGUUUUGGGAGAACUUGACCCCAAUUAAGAAUGGAGGAGGACAAUUACCUCAUGGAAACAGUGCUCUAGUCUAAGAAAUCAAUAAAAAUUGGGGAAAACUGCUGCAAUUCAAGGCAGUGGAUGGGGAUUCUUGGGAGUUGAUUAGCAAUCAAAGAAAUUGAGAUAUUUGGAACUUCCCAAUUAAGAAAUUCCAUAAAACUAUGGUCUUACACCAAUCUUAACAAUCGAUGUUUGGGAACAUGCCUAUUGGUGGGAUUACAAGAAUGUGAGACCAAACUUCUUGGCUAAUGUAUGGAAAAUCGUUAAUUGGAAGGAUGUAGAAGCAAGAUAUAAUCAAGCUUAAAAAUGAAUUAAGAAUCAUAACAUCCAUUUAUUAAAGUAUUUUUAGAUUAUCUAAUAA